CUCGACAAGUAUGGAACGGAGCCAGAAGCCCGUGGCACCUUCCCAAUUCCAAUGUCAACUGUUCACUGCAAGUAUAGGUUCAGUCAGACACGAAAACCUUCACGUGUGCCUCCCGCCCAACUCGAGAAUGCUCACUUGGGCGUGGCCAUCCAAAGCCGGCACUGCGGCAGACGUGAGAUAAGGUCAUACAGUUGGAAGAGCACUGCCGGAUGAGACGGGGAUUAUUUCUCUCCCUGUGACCUGGCUGGGCACGGGAGGCCCACUUCGAUUUGAGAGGAUGCCAGCGCACGGAUGGACGGGCGCGUCGGAGUUUAAGGCUGGAUGAAGUCUGCGGAAUGUUCUCCCAAGAGGGUUUUCUGCCCAGAGACAAACGAUGCUGCGAGCCUCGGACACUGGAGUCCUGCGUGGCGUCCUCAGCCCAGUUUUCUGACUGAAGGACGUUGGUUAAGUCCGUCCGCAGAGGUGACAAGGCAGAGUUUUCUCCCACAACCAAAUACCAGUCAAGACGCAUGGAGACAAGUUCUUCGACAUCCCGUGGCCAGCACCAGCCGAGGAGGGAGCUGGGUCCCAGCCCGCCCGGGUGUCGUUGGCGGCAUCUCUGGGGCACAGCGCGUCCUCUCAGCGGUUCCAGGUCCGCCCCGCGGGAGCCCGGCCCGGACGCCCCUCACCGGACCGGCGGCUUUUACUGGAGGUUCUCGGCCGGGAGGAGGCCUCGGCAGGAGCCCGGCCGCAGGGCCAGCCUCGCACUACAGUAUCUACCCUGGCUCCGGGGAGCUCAACAGUCAUGGGCUUUGGGGAUCAAGACCCGCGGUCGCGCUUUUGCUGUCUUGAAAGAAGUGCCCGCCUGCUCUCAAGGCCUGCAGCCGGCCCCUGGCUUGCGGGACGGCGGCUCUGGAGGGCCGGGAGCCGGACGGGCAGGGCGCAGAGCGGGCGCCGAGCUGGGAGCGGGCCCCCGGUGUUUGUGCGGCUCCCGCAGGCCUCGGGGACCUGUGGCUGGGGAAGACCCAGUCCUGCGCGCCCAGCUCUGCGACCUUGGGCUUCCGUGGUUCACUCGCCGCCUCCAGAAUGGGAAUCUCAGGGUGACGGUACUAUUUCCUGAGGCUUUUGAGAACCACACGGGUUAAUUUUAUCAUGAAGGCAAUUUUAAUUCGAAGACUUUGUAGCCAGAGAGGUUUUGUUUGUUUGUUUGUUUUGGUCGGCUGACCCUGAAAAUACUUCCUUCACCGCACCCUGUUCCCAAGGUCAGAGCGGUUUGGAGACCCUCAGCUGUGCUGUCCCAGCAGAGAGGGACAACCAGCUUCCCACCUGUGGCCCGGAACUGGCCGGCGGGUCGUAUGGGAGAGUCUUGCACAAGUCCACACAAGCAGCAGGCGUGGUCGGGUGCGGCUCCUGGACAGUCCUUCAACGUCUGCUGGAGCAGCUGCCCCCGGAGAGACCAAAACCGCUCCUUCCCCAGCCUGUCCUGCACAGCGGGGUCAGAGGGAGACGUGGGCCCCGAGAGCCUGUGCGGUCCAGAGGCCGGAGGCUGCGCACUGACGCCAGGAAGCAGAGGAGCAGGUUGGAUCCCCACACCGUGGAGUGGUGGUGUGGACCGAAAACACGCUUCCAAGACCAUGUUUUGUGUAUGAGCAGCCGACGGAAAGAGACAUCCCUUUUCACAUCGUUCACCUCGUCUGGAGGCAGACAUUCAUUUAGGAAAAGAAUCUGCCGAACUAAUCACCUUAUACACUGAAUUUGAAACAUGAACCAUCUCGCCUCUAUAUAUUUCGUUUAUUUUCUAGCUCUCUCACUUUAUAGUGAAAAUGAUACAUUAAUAUUUAGGAUACCUUGAAGAUCAUUAGUCCAUACUCACUUUAAAUUUUGUAAAGGAUUUAUUUAUUUAUUUUAGAGUGAGAGUUUACGGGUCAAGGGAAGGGCAGAGGAAGAGAGAGAACCCCAAGCAGAUGCCCCACUGAGUGUGGAGCCUGACACGGGGCUCAAUCCCACAACCCUGAGAUCGUGACCCAGGCAGAAACCAAGAGUCAGACCCUUUAUCAACUGAGCGACCCAGUCGCCCCUUAAUUUUAAAAUCUUUAAAUAGUUGCCCAUUAAUUAUGAUUAUUUAUAAGAUUAAUAUAGAAAGAGGAAAAAGAAAGCAGUUUGGUAAAACUAAAGAUUUAGUUGAAGUAUCAAAGCGUGUAUUUUUUUGUUGUUGUUCUGUUUUAUUUUCAUUUAAAUUCAAUUAGCCAACAUAUAGCACAUGGUAAUUUUCAGAGUAGAGUUUAGUAAUUCAUCAGUUGCAUAUGACACCCCGUGCUUAUCACAUCACGUGCCCUCCUUGUUAUGCCUGUCACCUAGUUAGUAUUUUAAUUAGCGACUCAAAGUUAAUAAGCUAAUAAAAUUCUUAAAAGUGCCACCAUCAUUCUAGACAUGCUCACACAUCUGAAUUGUCGUCUUCAUGGUUCUUCCCUUUAUUCUUUGACCUUUUCAUAUGUUUCCAUCUAAUUUUCUGUUCAUCUUCUCUCCUUCCAACCCUUUAAGAGUGAGGGUUCCCUCCUCCUCCCACGGACUUACUCCCAUGGUCUCUUUGGGAAAUCAUAUCUACCAGGAAAUUUUUAACUCCUGUUAACACUCCUACUUAUCCAAAUCCGACCUUGAUCUCUCCUACACUUACAACCCCUUGAUCUCUCCUACACUCCUACACAGACGUCCCUCUGGACGUUUCGGGACGGCUCUGACUCAUCCCGGCUACCAGCACUGGGUCGUGUUUUAGUCUGGUUUUCUCACCCUUGCCUGGUUCCCAGAUCAUGGGGCCGCUCUUUGGAUUCUGAGUGCAGACUAGCUCUCCUCCAUCUCCUCCCUGGUAUUUGCUGGCCCAUGUAUCGUGGUUUGCCUCCCUUUUCAUAAUUCUGAAUGUGCUCUUAUCUCCCACCCAUGCAUCUUUUCAGUUGGAACGACAUGGGAUUAACACACAGUUCUCUUCUUGACUCUAAGAUCUAUUCAUUUUCUCAAGGACCUGGAUCCCCAAAUUGGUCUUUUCUGAGGCCUUUUUUCAAGGAUACUCAUUACAAGAUAAAAAAUCACAAACAUACUCUUCAGGUGUCCUCACUUGCCUUUGUCCGCGUGGCCUCAGGCCUCAUCUGUUCUCUGGAUCUUCCACGCAGAGUCAAGCCUAGACAUUAAACCUACCCUGUUUGAUUACAUAAAUAUGCGUCUUGGAUUCAUUGGAGAAUAAAACUUCUCAAUACAGGUUGAUGUUUACAGUGCACUGUGUUAAUUGUAUGUGUCAUUUUCCUCUCUUGUCGUGUCUCUCUAGUCUCCAUCCCCAGCAUAACCCUCACUUUUAUUUCCCACAGAAGGAAUAUCUAAGGC